AUGGUGAGGGAGAAGAUCAAGAUUAGGAAGAUAGAAAACACGACCACGAGGCAGGUGACCUUCUCGAAGCGGAGGAGGGGCCUGUUCAAGAAGGCGGAAGAGCUGGCCAUACUCUGUGAUGCCGAAAUAGGGGUGAUCGUCUUCUCCUCCACUGGCAAGCUCUCCGAAUUUUUUAGCAACAGGUGCAGAGAUCCUUUCCUUUUAGUCCUUUUAGUCCUUUUAGUUGGUGUUGCCUUCUCUCUUUCUUGCCGCAUCCCUCAUCCAGCAGUCCAUAUCCCGUUCGCGUGGGUGCAAGCGUUGCAGUUUAUCGCAUGCUAGUUGCGGAAUUUUUCUCAGUGUGUCGUUGUUCUUCCUUUGCCUGUUUGUUGUGGCUCUCGAAACACCGAGGAGUUCUGGGGCUCUCGAAAGAGUGUGGAAGUGAGAUGAGAAACACCGAGGAGAGUGGAAACUAAGGGACGUACAAAACGAGGAAGUUCUGGACAGGGUGCAGGGUUGCAUUAAUUGGUUGAUUGAUAGAUAGAUAGAUAGAUAGAUAAAGAUAUGGAGAGAUAGAUCGCUACAGAGAAAGAGAGAAGCGAGAGAGAGAGAUAAAGAGCAAUCGUGUGAAUCGUGAGGAAGAGAUACGGAGAGGAGAGCUGUAGCUGAGCAAACCCAGAACGUAAAUGAUGAGGACACCCAUCUGCAUAUAGAUUAACUUUUAUCCAUUCUUGACACGUUCGAGUAGGGUGUGGCUUUGUCCCUCACCGCUUGAAAGGCAGACUAUCAGUAGGUGGACUGUGAGAGGACUUAGAUCGGCUAGUUUGGCGGAUUAUCUGUGAAAAUUAAACUUUUCGUGUAAUUUAUAAGUUGAACUGACCUUAUCCUUAGCCUCUGUGAUUUUUAUCUCCCAUGAAAAUUGUUCCCACUCUAGGGGAAUGAUCUCGUUAAUAGCUAGCAUAACGUUAAACUUUUUCUUGCUUUCUUAAUAAAGAGGUGGGAUCUCGUUCCCACCUUUUCGUUAAUAGCCGUUUGAAAAUGAACAGGACAUGAUUUAUAUUUUGUAGAUAGCAUCUCUGAUCUUCUGCAAGAUACUGAACUGUUCACUGAAUUGCAAAGUCCAACAGAGUCAUCUAUGUUGUAAGACAUAUGAAAGAGAGUAGGAAAUUGUUAAGCAUCCUGAUCACCAACUGAGAAUACGCAAUCUUUCAGUAGUAUUGUCCUGAUGGUUGAUUAGAUCGUAGCACAGUGUUGACUAUUUGUUUUAUCCCGCAUAGCAUGAAAACCUACAUUUUAGAUGUUCUUGUAGGCUUAACAACAUUGAGUUCUCUGAGAAAGUAAUAGCAAAUUCGGAUUAUUUCCAGUCUUUUGAGAAUUCAUCUAUUGAGGAAAAUUUAUAAGCUAGAUUUUAUGUCCCAUAUUUAAGAAGAGAAUAUAGGCUUUAGUGACGCUAAGCUUCUCUAUUAGGUGUUUUUGCUGGAUAACAUGAUAACCUAAGAUAUUGUCAUGGAAGUAAAGAAGUGUUCAUCCAUAUUUGGGACUCGACUACUUUUCUCUGUACCAACUAAAACUUAUCACUGUGUUCUCAUUUAAUUUACUCAAGUGUGAUAUCCCUAACAAUGAAGAAAAUCAUUGAGGUAUUAACAUCAUUUACCAAAGUCUCUGGGUAGUUCAAUGAGCUACCGUACUUAUUUCAUGUAAAUUUUCUCAGUAUUUUGUGGAGUGACAUAAGAUGGUAAGAAGGCCUGCACUACUAUAUCCUUGCUCACACUAUGUAUUUCCUGUUUUAUUUGCAGUAUGAAGGAGACAAUUGAAAGACGUAAACUGCAUUCAAAGAAUGCUGUGAAAUUGGUUCCACCAUCUCUUGAACUUCGAGUAAGUUUUCAUGUCCCAUGCUUUGGUAAGUUUUAUGGUUAUGUGAAAAAAUAGAUUGAGCCUUGAAUCAAUGAGGCACUAAUAUUGAAUUUAGAAAGUAGGUCUUGAAUCUACAAGAUUUAGAAUUUGAAUCCUCGUAUCUCUAAGGAUUGACCAAAGUGACCCUUAAAUUCACAAGGAUCAAAAUAAUUUUCCUGAAUCCACAAAAAUCAAAUAGCUUUCUUGAAUCCACAAGGGUUGCUUGAAUCCACAAAAAUCAAAUAGCUUUCUUAAAUCCACAAGGGUUACUUGAAUCCACAAACAUCCAUAACUCUUUCAAAGAGAAUAAAAAUUAUAAUAAACGAGAUGUCCUCAAAGUUACAACAUGCUAGUCUUUAAAUAUGCUCAAAUCAAUUGUAACUCUCAUGGAAAAUAAUAUCUGUCACAGAAACAAAGUUUAAAUGACCGAAUAGUAAGAUAGUUACUACAAUAACCACUCUGUCAUAUUUUUCACGCAUUUUACUUUUGCCUAACCUAGUUUGUGCCUUCUUUGGCAAUUCUGAUUUUUGUAUACCACACUUCACAUUUUUAGAAUUCCUAGCCUACCAAUUUAAGACUUUUCAUGGUCGUGCAUACUGUUCCAUAUCACUUUCAUUUGGCGCCUUCAAGUAUUUUUAGUCCACAUUUUUAUGUUUUCACACAACUUGGUUGAAAAAAAUUUCGUCUUACUUUGUUUUUGAAGUGAUGUCCUACAUUGUUCCCCAACUAGGGCAUAAAUAACUAUGAAACGAAAGCACUGAGGCAUAUCAUCUCAUGUAUAAAUAGUGAGUAGCAUCCAAAAUUGUAGUCAUGCACUCGGUGCUGGAAAUUUAUCCUUUGCAAGUUCUAUCCAUCUGCUGGUACUCAUCACACAGAGACGGCUUCAUUUUGUUUCAGUCUGUUCAUCCUUCCAUUAUAAAUUUGCAAGUUCUAUCACGUUACUGGUACCCAUUUUUUUGCCUUCAUAGCUCCAAGAUAGCAACCGUGAAUCACUGAACAAGGAAGUUGUGGAGUCCACCUUAAAGCUCAGGUAUGCCAUUCCGAUUGGAAGUGAAUCCGAGUUGGUUGCAGGGUUGCUCAAAUCAGGCCUUCAUCCUACUUUUAGGCAAAUGAAAGGGGAAGAUAUUGGAGGACUUACACUGGAAGAGCUUAAGAAGUUGGAGAAAGAACUUGAGACCGGAUUGUGCCGAGUUCUGGCGAGAAAGGUAUGUGUGUGACUUAUUUUCGAUUACUUUGAAGGUAAUCUAGGGGCAGAUUUUAUUCUUCGGUUAUAUCCACUUCCUACGGUCAGAAAGUUGUUGAAGAAAUAAAUGAGCUACAAUAUAAGGUGGCUAAUAGAUGCAGUCUUGUUUCUUAUUUAGCCUUUUACUUUAUCUUUCUUUCGACUUCUUCCUUUUUAUGGGCAAAUGUGAAUCCUACGGAUAGGAUGGGCAGAACUGCAUCUUCGAUCAAUUAUUGUCGUUCCUGGCCCCUGAGAUUUAUACAUAGCCCUAAAAUCUCAUAGUCAUCCUUCUUUUCCAUCAUGGAAGCACUGACACACAGCUGCAUACAGAUAGUUUCCCAUUCCUGGAAAACAGCUGGUCCCAUGGGCUAUAAAAAUAAACAGUUGGAAGAAAUCAGACUCUGCGAAAUCGUAGCCGCUUUGCCCCUUGUCUUUCAUUGUCUAAAUAGGGAACAUGCUAACUGAUGUUGGACAUCAGUUCACAUAAAGAGAUGGGCCAAAUGUUUUGGCCCAGGUGACCUAGAACUAGUGGGUUAGCAUCUAGCGUGCUUAGAAGUUGGGAUGCAAGGAUUAGAAGACCUGAAAAGGCUCAAUCCAAAUGUUACCCAUAAUGAAACGUGUCAUAAACCUGCCAGAUAUCGGUUUUCCCGCUUUUAUUUUAUUUUCAUACUUUUAAGUUGUUUUGAAUUUGUUUAAAUAUUCCUUAAAUAUGUUUUAAUGUUCCACUUUUUUUGGUCACCCUAAAGAGAUUCCGCCUAUUUAAUGGCCCAACAUUAUAACCCCAGAGGCAUUCUUCAGUAUUCCAAAAAUAAUUCUUCUUGUGAGACUCUCUCUGCUUGUAGAUCAAUCGCUUGCCCUAUGGAUUCAGGGUCCUUUUGAUCUUUUAGAAUUAUGAUCGUUCUCCUGUGAUUUUAGGGUCAAAGAUUCCAAGUUAUGUCGAUUCAGGAGAAUGUUGUUUAUAGAAAUUAUCUUUCUUGUAGAUUCAAUGAUGAAAUUUCAUCUCCACGCCAUUCUGGGUGAAUCAUUAAUUGACCAACCUUUUCAAUGACUCACAACCACACUGAAAUGAUGGUAGGUCUAUUAGCUCUACAUCCUAGUCGCCUCUCUAGCUUGACCUCCCAGGUUAGACCCACCUUUUCUUCAACCUUGUUAAAGAGGUGGGGAGGGUCGUCACCUGGUUAAGAACUGCAGAAAUAGAAAGCGGUGCUAAAGCUGAAGUAAAAGUAGCAGUCACCUUUGUUGACGUUCAUAGAGGAUGGGUUGAAAUUGAAGUCAGAACAUGAGUUUAAAUCAGUGCGGUGGAGGGCGCCAUUGACGCUGGGGGUAGGUAGUAGAUACCAGAGCUUAGCAAGUGCAGUGAAAUCCCGUAGUGAAUGCAGAGUAAAAGACACCUGCGUGCUACUCCGGCUUUAAGGCUAGACUAUCACUCUUUAGAUAUCACUGUUGAAGCAGUAGGUUGCUUCAUCGUCUGGAGCAGCAGGACAAUAACCUUGAGCGUAGUACGUUGCAGCAGAGGUCAGAAAAAAGCAGUCUCGACAGCAGUUCUUGUCCACCCGUGGUUUUUUUUUCUGAAGAAGACUCUCAAAGAAGAGAACACGUCAUGGUGUCUCGGAGUUCCUCUUAUCAUGGCAUUUAGGCGGAGACGUUCUUGAUGAGUUGCGGAAGCGGGUUGUCCCUCAGCGUUCAGAAAAACUUAUCUGUAUUCUUCCUCUUGAAGAAGACCACAAGGAGAGGGAGAAGGAAGAGGAUAAAGACCAGAGGCAGCAUCUGAAUUGUGGACGUCCACAACUACAGACCAGCGCAUGUGUGAGCUGCUGUUGCUUCCUAUCUUAUCUUCAAAGUAUGAGAGGUUGACUGUUGGCGACAUGGCAGUUGCAGAAUUGGCAGCGGCCUAAGAUAGCCAAGAAACCCUAGCCCUGAAUCCUCCCAACUUUACCUACAUGGUCCUGAUGCAGGUGAAGAGACUCGCACAGACACCCAAACUCUCAGAGACGACUCGCUAAUCCAGCACCGUUUUUGAACCGUGUUCUUAGGGACUCCCAAAGACGAGCAAUAAUGGAAACUUUUGAACUGUUCUAGGACAACAAAAGUAGUGUUCGUCUGGUUUCUGGUGCUCUGAGUUUCCUCAGUUGCUGCACAACGACAAUGUCAACUAUUUACUUCUUCUUCGUUAACUUGCUCACACAAAAGCUUUUCCAGUCUGCUUUCUUUACUGCGAAUAGCCACUGCUUUUCCCACUAUGAAUCAGUUAUUUUAUGUUUAUAUGCUUCGAAACUAUUUACGUUUCUAGGAUGCCCCUUUAUCACAGACACAUCAUGAAUUAGCCAAAUAACAUGGUUUUCCGAGCUGAUUCUUUCUGGUGUUUGUUCAAAGGGUGCGAAACUGAUGGAGAAGAAUGCCCUUAUGAGAAAGGAGGUAAUUGGGCAUCUUCUCAUUUUGCUUCCCAGACUUCAUCUCCCUAAUCGAUGCAAGCAGAACUCACCCAUCAGUGGCCGGUCAAAACAGAUCGCAUCCUCAAGCGGCAGAAAACAGGCGGCAGAUUCUGAGAGCGCCGUAUGUGAAGACGGACAAUCAAGUGACUCGAUAAAGAACGCCUCAAACUCUGGGCCACCUCCGAACUGUAGCGACGGUUCAGAUACUUCACUUAGACUCUGGUAUGCUCCUGAGGAAACCUAAAUAUUUUACCACUCUUUUUCCGUUUUUUUUGAUUUAAUUUUAGCUUUACUUAUACUCACGAGCGUUUGACAUUCAAUAUUGAACUCGAAUGUAGCGACAUAAUUCUGUCAGCAGUGGGGGGGGUAUGUGAAAGUAGUUUAAUGCUUAUCAAAAUCAGCUUUCUAUUGUAACGUGAUUUUUCAAUGUGUUUUGGUUCUUUGUUAAUUAAUCAUGUUUUUUUUACUGGGAACUUAUUAUCUUCAGCCUUUGUAAUAGAUUUAAGAGAAUAUUCUCUUUACCACGUUCUUUGCUUCACUUCUUAGUUUCAGUAAGUUUUGGAUAAUCCCUCUUGACUGACGUUUGAGUAAACUACAUCCUGCGGAUAGAGAAAUAUCUUGGACUGGCAUCCAUGAAAUACAGCUUCUGUGAUAUAGUUUGAACUUUUUACUUUCCAUUAACAUCGUAUUCUCUCUUUAUUUGAUAAUUUCUUUCUAAACACUGCAUCACCAGGGGUUUAGAUUCCAUAUUUGUAUCAGAUCAGUGUUCAAGUGAGCGAAUAG